AUGGACCGACCCAAAAACACGCGAGCAUCCAGCAGCGCAGGGCAACGGAGGCGCGAGAACAAUUCAACGGAGACAGUACAACGACGAGAGCCAGACAAACAGCCCAUCAUGGGACAGGUCCGAUCGCACAAUUGGCUAGCGAAGCAACGAGAGAUUACUACAGAAGCAGCGCUGUGCCCAUGCAUGGUGUAUGCUCGUACCGCCGAGAGACUCGAGCGAGCUGCCUAUGGCGAGGACCCUUUAACUCCACCUUCAGGUGGUUGCAGCAGUCCAUGUUGGUCGUGUUUCCUGAGCUCUAUGAUGUGCAACUGGAGAAGGCCGCUCAGCAACCAACGUGGUGACAUUCGGAACCGAUAUGCCAUCACGGGUAGCACCGAGGACGACGAACUUCACGCCUGUGCCCACCCAUUCUGGACUCUGAUGGGGAAUCAUAAUGAAGUCCUGGUGCGAGAGAAAAUAUGUAAAAAGUUUAACACCUACCCUUUCUCGCCAGGGCCCCCACCAGUUGAGAUUCGUCGCUUCAAGCCUCAGCCCAACCAUCCGUAUGAGUCGCCCGCGCAGAUGCAGAUGAAGGAAAAGAGCCUACCGAGAAUUGUCGAGUUACCUGAAUCCGGCAGUUCAAAGGAGAGGGCAAAGCCACAAAGUCCGCCGGCGAAGGCUACCCCGGAAGCCAGCUCCCAGCAAUUGCCUCCUCCUACCAGCAACAAACACACUCCUGCGAGAACUCCGGACACCCAGCAAAGUCAGAGUCCUACUCUGAGUUCCCAAGAUCCUCGCGUCACGGUAGCUGACUUCGCUGAGCCCCACCGGCUCAGUCAAGACCAAAAGAGGCCAGUUGGAAACAGACAGUUCCCGCAUACUGUUCACAAUGAUCCUCUCUUUGGAAUUGCUGAGGAGAUUCAUCCGCAUACUGUCCACGAGGACCCAAUAGUUCAAGUGGCUCGACGGCUGUCCCCUCAUCAGAUUAAUAUAGAUCCCAAGACAGCGACACCGGCUGCCAGCCUCCCUCAUAGCGUUCACCAGGACCCCACCGUCAACGUAACUGAAGAGCCAACGGAGCACACGGUACACAAUGACUUGACAACCAAGACGGCCGCUCCUGUACACGAUCACAGGCUUAGCCAGGAUGUCAUGGCGCCAGUCAGUACACGAGCAGUGCCCCACAGCGUCCACGACGACCAAACGGUCAGUAUGCAGGGCCAGACGGCUCCGCAUGCUCUCAGCGGAGAUCCCACGGUCAAGGUUGAUGAGGGCGAACCAAAGCAACACGCAAUGCAAUCAAGCGCAGCGACUCCGGCACCCGAGAACCAGAAGCCGAACCCCCACCAGUUGGGAGACAUUGGCCGUGCUUCGACAGCACCGGCCCCGCUGCAAUCAUCGCACAGUUGAUGGUGUAGAUUCGACUACAUCUCUGGGGGCGAACAGGAGGUAAUGAAGAGAAAGAAACAAACCGCUGAAUAGCCUUAUCAUUAUAGUCCGUAGCCACGAUCCUUGGAGGCAUUUUUCAACAGUCAAUAACUAGUAUCCCAUAUGCUCAUUACCGCCUCAAACCUUGUGCAGUUGAAUGAGAAGUGACAUGGUCCAAGUUUCCAUAUGAUUAGGAGCGACGAACCUCACGUCACUGCUUUGUCUGCCAGCCAGCCACCCAAGCUCCUCUUUUAAGUUGAGGAAAGUAAGCAAGGAUCAAGUCUGUCAUCAUCCAAGGCGCGGCCAACGCUGAGGAAUC